AUGGUGUAUACGGCAGGCAACCAUCUGUAUCCCGAGGGGCGGGCCGACUAUACCUCAGUGGUGAAGUGGACUGGCAAGCGAGUGUACCCGCCUGGCACGACCAAUGUGGUUGCCUUCAGCCGGCCCCUGACGGACGAGGAGCUCCUCAGCGUCGUCAAGCGGGGCCGCGGUGAGGCGAUCGCUGACCACGGCAACGCGGCCGCCACAUGGGCCGGGACAGGUGUGACCUGGACCGGUCGCCGCCUCGCAGUGCCGGACGUGAUGGCGGUCGACGCGCCGAGGGUGAGACUGUCGCCGAACGCCGUCGUCCGGGGCAGGUAUGGCGUCGACCAGGACCCGCGGGGCGAGUGGUUCCCGAUCGAGUUCGUGACGGACGACGCGAUGGAGCGGUGGCGCGAGGACAAGCUGGUGGCGGCCGACAAGCUCCGGCCCGCCCGCGAGGCCUUGGAGGAGAGGCUCUUCCCAGGCCGCGAGGCCGGCGCUGGCGGGACCGCCACCCCCCCGCCAGAGCCAGAGGGCGGGGGGCUUGGGCCCGAGUGCGCCGCCACUCACGAGAUGGAGGACUUGCGCACGUGCUGGAUCGACACCGACGAGACCGGUGCCAGGUUCAAGGAGUGGAGGAAGGUCGUGCAGGAGAGCACACAGGAGAUCUUCUCGGACUCGAGCAUCCGUGGGCCCCCUGCCUGCCUCGAGAUUUGUCGUAAGAUGUAUCGCCAUGGUGGCACACCCAAGAUGUGGUUUCAGGAGUGGUGCAAGGAGCAGGGCGUAACCAGGAAGGAUCGCGCCUACCACGAGGUGCAGACCUUGAUCGAGGUGCUGUACCUGGCGGGGACCUAUGACCAGCUCAACAUGGGCGCCCUGGCGUCGUUGGAGGUGGUCUCGCGGCGGCUGUUGCAGUAUGUGGAGGCCUACGCGCACGGGGCCGAGAACGCGAACUGGGGCGCGGCGAAGCACCUGGGCGGCACGACCAACCCGCUCGACUUGGUGCCCGACGCGCUCCGAAGCUAUGCCAGCCGACUGUCCAAGGAGGAGCAGGAGCUGGAGGCGCUGCGGAUGCGGUCCCGUGUCCCCGGCGCUGCUCCAGCCGACGGCGCGGGCGCGGCAGCCGCGGCCCUGCCGGCGGCGCCGCGGCCGGCGCUGAGGGAGGUGAUGCGGCCGGCAAGGGCCGCGGCCGAGGGAGGCGGGUGCCCGACCGUCUCCCGCAGAACCAAGGGCAGUUCGGGGCUCCGUGGGUCGGCCUGCCUGCCCAUAGCCCCGCUGGCGGCGCUCCCGGACGACUGGUGCGACGGCCUGACGCCUGGUCAGCGGCGCCGCUGGCUGCGAGACGACAACGCAGCCUGCAAGAGCUUGAAUUACUUGCACGGUGGUGAGCAUCGCAGUGGCACGGCGCCCGAGGGGAGCGUUAGCCAGCGUAGGAUGGAUCUCAUCAGGGCCGAUGUGCAGCAGCGCGUCUUCUCGGCGGCUCGUCGCUGGAUUGAUGUUGACAGCGCCAUCACAGAGCAGGAGGCUUUGGCCAAGCUUCUGAAGGGCAAGGCGGGCUACGCUCCCCUUGGCUCUACCAGCAUGGGCUCCUACGAGUGCUCGCGGGUCAGCUUGCCGGACUACGUCCUGGACGCCCCCAGUCUGGCCCAGAUGCUACCUGCGGAGGCGAGGAUUUUUCUCGAGGAGUACUCCACCAAGAUGCUGCUUCCCCCUCGUGAGGCGGCGCUAAUACGAGAGCUUCAUGGACUUCCUGGUUGUCAUACUGACCCUCUGCUGCUCCAACGUCCUCGGAGCUACGCGAAGUUCGUGAGACGAGCGCUCAGGAUCGGGCUCAAGAAGGAUGGUGAGCGCCUGCGCCUCAUCGUGGACUGUAGACGCAGCAAUGCUCUUUUUCGUCCCCCGCCUGGUGUCGACUUGCUGUCAGGUGAAGGGCUUGGCCGCAUCGAGGUGCCGGUGUUUAAGGAGGGGGACCUCAGCGAGCUGCGCGUUGUCCUGGGGGUCGGCGACGUCGCCGACUGCUUCCAUCGGAUGAAGCUGGACGGCGACAUUCGGCGCUAUUUCUGCUGGCCGCCGCUGCUGGCCUCUGCCACAGGCGAGACCCUCAUCGAGGGUCAGGCGGCCGGCGACUCAGAGAUGGUGUGGCCCAUGAGUCAGAGCUUGCCGAUGGGCUUCUCAUGGUCGCUCUUCUUCGCGCAGGCGGCCAACCAGUCGCGGCUCGAUCGGCAGCCGUCCUUGGCAAAGAGCUUGCGGCUCAGUGAUCGAGGGCCGCCUCUUGUCCUUCGCCGCGGGCCACAUAGUGAGAACCUCGGCCACUUCAUGUACGUCGACAACGCCGGCGUCCUUGGCUUGUCGGACACCGCCGUCCGCUCAGCCCUUCACGAAGCCCAGACUGAUUUCGAUCGUGACCAUCUCAAGUUUCAUGAGGUUGAACUUCACGUGGGAGGUGGUCGUACACUGGGCUGCCACCUGGAUGGAGCGAGGCUCUGCACGCGGCCUACGGACGAGAGGUUCGCAACCGUGCGGAAGGGCCUGCGAUGUCUCCUCAGGCAGCGCAAGGUUGCCGGGUGGCAGCUUGAGAUGGUGCUGGGCCACAUGACGUUCAUGGCCUUGGUUCGGCGCGAGCUGCUGUCUAUCUUUCACGCAGUGUACGCUUUCUUGACGAGCAGCUAUCACACCUUUUCAGUCCUUUGGCCCACUGUUCGAGAGGAACUGGAGUGCUUCUUGGGAUUGAUGGUGAUGCUCGAGGCUCGCUGGGACCGCGACUGGAUGCCUUUCGUUUACUCGUCGGACGCCAGCCUCUACGGAUACGGCGUCGCAGAGGCGGAGUUUGACUCUGCCCAGGUGGCUCUAGUCGGCCGCAUCUCGGAGCUGAGUCGGUGGCGUUUGGGCGCUGGUCUGGCUCGUCAGCACGCCUUCGAGAGUGCCGGGUUUCUUUUGAACUCAGAGACGGGCGAGGUUGUCCGCGACGCCGAGGGGGCGCCGAGGCGGCUCGACUCCGAGCUGCUGGACAUCCUCAACAGCGAGCGCUGGGAGUGCGACCCGGCGUUCCCCGAGGUCCCGCAUGAGCUGCUUCACGAUUCCCACUGGAAGACCGUGAUGGCAGAUCGCUGGGUUUUUGCUGACGAUAUUCUGAGGCUUGAGGCCAGAGCACUGGUGAAGGCUGCCUCUCGAGCGGCCCAUUCUCAGCCAGUCAAGGACUGCCGCGGCCGCCAGCGGACGCUGAAGCGCGAGAGCCUGCCGCCGCGGGCGCCGGCCGCGGGCUCGCUGCAGGAGCCGGCGGCGAGUGCGCCUUGCAGAGUGCGCACCCUGAGCCCGGGGGCGGGCGCGAGCAGCUCUGCGGCGGCCCCGCCGGCGAGGCGAGCGCGUGUGCUGGACACGUCCCAGGGCCUGGAUGCGAGGCUCGUGGCUGCCGCCCCGCCGCACUGCCCGGCGCAGACGGACAAAGUGGAGGCCUUCCUCGAGACGCCGGCGGGCAAGCUGAUUCCAGCAAGCGCAGGCGUCCCCGCGGCGGCCGUGGACGCGGGCGCCUCACAGAGCUACGAGAGCAGCGACGUGGAGGAGCGGCGGGUGGUGACCGCCUCGCGCCGGAACCUCGAGCUUCGGGGCAAAGCUCGCGUCCGCAGGGCCAUCCAGGCCCACGGCGGCGACAUCUGGAGGCACGGCCACAACACGGGGCUGAGCUACUUGGAGAAGCGCUCGGUGGGGGCCAGGUCGCUGGAGACCUACCGAGAGUGCGCCCUCGCGUUCUGUGCCUGGGCAGGCUUCUUGCUGACAGCCAUGCCUGCGUCGGCCGUGCUGGACGUAAAGUUGGUCGAGUACAUGAACAAGCUCUUCCUCGAGGGGGUCAAGAGCUGGCGUGGAGAGAAGCGCAUUGCUGCAAUGAUGUUCUUCCACCCGGACUAUGGGAAGUCUGGUGGCCUCUACAUGCCUCGUGCCCUUCGUACUCUCAAAGGUUGGAAGCGGCUCAGCCCAUCAAGAUCGCGGAAGCCCUUGGUGUUCGCGAUAUGGGCGGGCAUCGCGGUCGAGUUGGCCAGGCUGGGCGCUCCUCUCGCCGGGGUGAUGGUGCUCAUCGUGGUGGAGUGCUAUCUUCGACCCGGCGAGAUGCUGGGGCUGACGUCGAACUCGUUCCUGCCACCAUGCAGCCACGCCGUGGACAACUGGGUGCUGCUCCUCUUCCCGGAGAGCGGCACGGCGCGCAGCAAGACGGGGUCGUCGGACGACUCGAUCCCGAUCGAUUCAGGAAGGAUGGCCUGGAUGCAUCACAUCUACCGGGCCCUUCGUGAUCGAGGGUCGUCUCAGCCGCUGCUCGGCCUGACCUACCCGCAGUUCUUGGCGCUGUUCAGGCGGGCGGCUCACAACAUCGGGGUCGACGCGGUGCCCUACCAGGGGAGACACUCCGGGGCAAGCCUGGACAGGGCCUCGAACCGCCGGACUCAAGAGGAGGUCCAGAAACGCGGGCGCUGGGCCACACUCACCUCGGUCAAGCGCUACGAGAAGGCGGGCAGGCUGAACGAGUCGUGGGAAGGCCUGUCGGAGCUCACGAAGUCGUUCUGCGUGGCUGCUCUGAGGGUGAUGGAGGAUGUCAUCCUUCUCGGUACCCCGUCAGGAGUGCCCAGUUUCUUCAGGGCCUACCACGAUUGCGAGCCCAUGAUCGUGAAACGGAGCCGCGAUGCCGUGGACAGGGCCACCGUGCUGAGCUCGAACGACAGGUCCGUUCAGGAGAUCUGGCAGUUGCACGAGGGUCUGAAGUGCUACCCGGGCCACGGAGGCACGCAGGUGUCCGUGGACCUCUCGGACGCCGCGGACGACCAUUUCACGUUGGAGGAGUGCCAGAAGAUGUGCCUCGACUCCGGAGUGUGCGAGGGCGUGAUGAUGGUGCAGGGCUGGAACCCGGGCCCGUGCCACCUCCGAGAGAAGAUCCGGCUGGACGAGUGCCGGAGGAAUCCCACGGUGUGGGACCUGUGGACGGCGCCUGGCUACGACGGGCCGAAGGAGCGAGCGGACGAGCCGUCCGAGGCCGCCGAGGAGCCGGCGCCGGAGAAGCCGGCCGCGCCGGCCCUCGAGAGGGCCCCGUGCACGCCCCGCGCCUCCGAGAAGCGCCCCCACCGCAGGGCCACGACGACGCCCGCAGGUGACGGACAGGCAGAGGGCGACGACCAGGCCUCCGACACGACGACGGCGCGCCCCGAGACAACGCGACCAGCGGCUGCGGGCGACGACGAGGACGCUAACACGCCGCGGCCGACGGCUGGCCAGGUGCAGGGCGGCGGCGACGAGGAGGACCAG